GGCGGCGCUCCUCGGCGCACCGGCCGUGGCGGAGGCGCGGGCAGAGUGGCGCGGGCCGAGCCCGGGCGGAGGACGCGCGGCGGUGGCGGCGAGGCGGCCUGAGGGCUCCAGCCGGCCGCUGGAGAGCUCGGCUGCGACCAUGUCGGCGGGCAGCCGCGACGAGGAGCGGCGGAAGCUGGCCGACAUCAUCCACCACUGGAACGCCAACCGGCUGGACCUGUUCGAGAUCAGCCAGCCGACCGAGGAUCUGGAGUUCCAUGGAGUGAUGAGAUUUUAUUUUCAAGAUAAAGCUGCUGGAAACUUUGCAACAAAAUGUAUUCGGGUCUCUAGUACUGCAACUACUCAGGAUGUGAUUGAAACUUUGGCGGAGAAAUUCCGCCCUGAUAUGCGCAUGCUCUCUUCUCCCAAGUAUUCACUCUAUGAAGUACACGUCAGUGGAGAAGAAAGAAGAUUGGACAUUGAUGAGAAACCUCUAGUUGUGCAGUUGAAUUGGAACAAAGAUGAUCGGGAGGGCAGAUUUGUCCUUAAGAAUGAGAACGAUGCUGUUCCUGCCAAGAAGGCUCAGAGUAAUGGACCUGAAAAGCAGGAAAAAGAAGGCGUUAUCCAGAACUUCAAGAGAACUCUCUCAAAGAAAGAAAAGAAGGAAAAAAAGAAGAGAGAAAAAGAGGCCUUGAGACAGACAUCUGAGAAAGAGGACAGACCUUCCCAAGGGGAUGAUAAUGAGAAUUCCCGACUAGCUGCUGAGGUUUACAAAGACAUGCCUGAAACCAGCUUUACUCGGACAAUUUCUAACCCUGAGGUGGUAAUGAAACGACGAAGGCAACAAAAAUUGGAAAAGAGAAUGCAGGAGUUCCGGAGCUCAGACGGGAGGCCUGACUCAGGUGGAACAUUGAGAAUUUAUGCAGAUAGUUUAAAACCAAACAUUCCCUACAAGACAAUCCUGCUGUCUACUACAGACACUGCAGACUUUGCUGUGGCUGAAGCCUUAGAGAAGUAUGGCCUGGAAAAAGAAAAUCCCAAGGACUACUGCAUUGCCCGGGUUAUGCUUCCUCCUGGAGCCCAACAUUCUGAUGAAAGAGGUGCUAAAGAAAUUAUUCUGGAUGAUGAUGAGUGUCCUUUACAAAUCUUUAGGGAAUGGCCAAGUGACAAAGGGAUUUUAGUCUUUCAGUUGAAGAGGAGGCCACCAGACUACAUCCCAAAGAAAACGAAGAAACACAGUGAAGGAAAGCCCCUGAAAGGGAAGGAGAGAGCUGAUGGGUCUGGCUAUGGCUCUGUUCUUCCCCCUGAGAAACUGCCCUAUUUAGUAGAGUUAAGCCCAGGGAGAAGGAGUCACUUUGCCUACUACAGCUAUCACAGUUAUGAAGAUGGCUCUGACUCCAGAGACAAACCAAAGCUUUACCGCCUUCAGUUGAGUGUGACUGAAGUUGGGACGGAAAAGUUUGAUGACAACUCUAUCCAGUUGUUUGGCCCAGGAAUUCAGCCCCAUCACUGUGACCUCACCAACAUGGAUGGAGUGGUCACUGUGACACCAAGAAGUAUGGAUGCAGAGACCUAUGUAGAUGGCCAGCGCAUCUCAGAAACAACCAUGCUGCAGAGUGGCAUGAAAGUGCAGUUUGGGGCGUCACAUGUGUUUAAGUUUGUGGAUCCCAGCCAGGACCACAGCCUUGCAAAGAGAUCUGUGGACGGAGGCCUGAUGGUCAAGGGCCCACGGCACAAACCUGGAACUGUUCAGGAGACAACCUUUGACUUGGGAGGAGAUGUUCACAGUGGAACAGCAUUGCCAACAAGCAGGAGUACCACUAGACUGGACAGCGACAGGGUGUCAUCUGCCUCCAGCACAGCUGAGCGAGGGAUGGUGAAGCCAAUGAUUCGUGUGGAUCAGCAGCAGGACUAUCGCAGGCAAGAGAGCAGAUCUCAGGAUGCUGCUGGGCCUGACCUGAUACUGCCUGCAAGCAUUGAAUUCAGGGAAAGUUCCGAAGAUUCAUUUUUAUCUGCCAUUAUCAAUUACACAAAUAGCUCUACAGUUCAUUUUAAGUUGUCCCCUACGUAUGUAUUAUACAUGGCAUGUCGGUAUGUAUUGUCCAGCCAGCACAGACCUGACCUCAGUCCUACAGAACGCACGCACAAGGUCAUCGCUGUCGUCAACAAGAUGGUGAGCAUGAUGGAAGGGGUCAUUCAGGAAGUAGACCAGGUUGAUCAGAAACAAAAGAAUAUUGCAGGGGCACUGGCCUUCUGGAUGGCAAAUGCAUCUGAACUUCUCAACUUCAUCAAGCAGGACCGAGACCUCAGUCGGAUCACAUUAGAUGCCCAAGAUGUCUUAGCUCACUUAGUUCAGAUGGCAUUUAAAUACUUAGUUCAUUGUCUUCAGUCAGAACUUAAUAAUUACAUGCCAGCCUUUCUGGAUGACCCUGAAGAGAACAGUCUGCAAAGACCAAAAAUAGAUGAUGUGCUGCACACGCUCACGGGAGCCAUGUCUUUGCUGCGGCGCUGCAGAGUCAAUGCUGCUUUGACCAUCCAGCUUUUCUCACAGCUGUUCCACUUUAUCAAUAUGUGGCUGUUCAACAGAUUGGUGACUGACCCAGAUUCGGGGCUGUGUUCCCACUACUGGGGAGCAAUUAUCCGCCAGCAGUUGGGACAUAUUGAAGCUUGGGCAGAGAAGCAAGGGCUAGAGCUGGCAGCUGAUUGUCACCUGAGCAGAAUCGUACAGGCAACCACUUUACUUACCAUGGAUAAGUAUGCGCCUGAAGACAUUCCAAAUAUAAACAGCACCUGCUUUAAGUUAAAUUCACUGCAACUUCAAGCCUUAUUGCAGAAUUAUCACUGUGCACCCGAUGAGCCUUUUAUCCCAACAGAUCUUAUAGAAAAUGUGGUGGCUGUUGCUGAAAACACAGCUGAUGAGCUGGCCCGCAGUGAUGGGAGGGAUGUACAGCUGGAGGAAGAUCCUGACCUGCAGCUGCCUUUUCUUUUGCCAGAAGAUGGCUAUUCCUGUGAUGUCGUCAGAAACAUUCCAAAUGGUUUACAAGAGUUUCUAGACCCUCUGUGCCAGAGAGGAUUUUGCAGAUUAAUUCCUCAUACACGUUCACCAGGUACUUGGACAAUAUAUUUUGAAGGUGCAGAUUAUGAAAGUCACCUUAUACGUGAGAACACAGAACUGGCCCAGCCUCUGAGGAAAGAACCUGAAAUCAUCACUGUGACCCUAAAAAAGCAGAAUGGAAUGGGCCUUAGCAUCGUUGCAGCAAAGGGUGCUGGUCAGGACAAACUGGGAAUCUACGUCAAGUCUGUUGUGAAAGGAGGUGCUGCAGAUGUGGAUGGACGACUAGCUGCUGGUGAUCAGCUUCUCAGUGUGGACGGCCGAAGUCUGGUUGGACUAUCUCAGGAAAGGGCAGCAGAACUCAUGACAAGAACGAGUUCCGUGGUCACCCUUGAAGUAGCAAAGCAAGGCGCUAUCUAUCACGGCCUGGCCACCCUCCUCAACCAGCCAUCCCCUAUGAUGCAGAGGGUUUCAGAUCGUCGUGGCUCAGGUAAACCCCGACCAAAGAGUGAAGGUUUUGAACUAUAUAAUAAUUCAGCUCAGAAUGGCUCACCAGAGAGCCCUCAGCUGCCUUGGGGAGAGUAUAGUGAACCAAAGAAAUUGCCUGGUGAUGACAGACUGAUGAAGAACCGGGCUGACCACCGCUCCAGCCCCAAUGUGGCAAAUCAGCCUCCUAGUCCUGGAGGGAAAAGCACAUAUGCCUCUGGAACAACAGCGAAGAUAACAUCUGUCUCCACUGGGAACCUCUGCACUGAGGAACAGACCCCUCCACCCAGACCUGAAGCCUACCCCAUCCCCACUCAGACAUACACCAGAGAGUAUUUUACCUUCCCAGCUUCCAAAUCCCAGGAUCGGAUGGCUCCUCCCCAGAACCAGUGGCCAAAUUAUGAGGAUAAGCCCCAUAUGCACACAGAUAGUAAUCAUUCCAGUAUUGCAAUUCAGCGUGUUACCCGUUCCCAAGAAGAGCUUCGGGAAGACACAGCUUACCAACUUGAGCGGCAUCGAGUGGAGCCAGUCAUGGAUCGGAAGUCUGACAGCGAUAUGUGGAUAAAUCAGAGCUCCUCAGUAGAAUCUAGCACCUCUAGUCAAGAGCACCUGAACCAUUCCUCCAAGUCAGUCACCCCUGCUUCUACCCUGACCAAAAGUGGCCCUGGCCGCUGGAAAACCCCUGCUGUGGUGCCACCCACCCCGGUGGCCAUCUCCCAGCCUAUUCGAACAGACCUGCCUCCACCACCACCUCCACCUCCUGUCCACUAUGCCAGCGAUUUUGAUGGGAUUCCCAUGGAUUUGCCUCUUCCACCCCCUCCUAACAACCAGGUGGGACCCCAGUCUGCUCAGGUAGCUGCUGCAGAACGAAAGAAGAGAGAGGAGCAUCAGCGGUGGUAUGAGAAAGAGAAGGCCCGCCUAGAGGAGGAGCGGGAGAGGAAGCGCAGGGAGCAGGAGAGGAAGCUGGGGCAGAUGCGCACGCAGUCCCUCAACCCGGCUCCCUUCUCUCCCCUGGCUGCACAGCAGACGAAGCCCGAAAAGCCUUCCACACUCCAGAGGCCCCAGGAAACCGUCAUUCGGGAGCUGCAGCCCCAGCAGCAGCCCCGUACUAUUGAGCGCAGAGAUUUGCAGUACAUCACAAUUAGCAAAGAGGAACUCUCCUCUGGUGACAGCCUGUCUCCGGACCCAUGGAAGCGGGAUGCAAGGGAAAAGCUGGAGAAGCAGCAGCAGAUGCACAUCGUAGAUAUGCUAAGCAAGGAGAUCCAUGAGCUGCAAAACAAAGCUGACCGCACCACAGAAGAGAAUGACCGGCUGCGGAAGCUCAUGCUGGAGUGGCAGUUCCAGAAGAGACUCCAGGAGUCCAAGCAGAAAGAUGAGGAUGAUGAGGAAGAGGAAGAUGAUGAUGUGGAUACCAUGCUAAUCAUGCAGCGUCUCGAGGCUGAGCGAAGAGCCAGGGUAAAGGGGAAAAAUGACUUGGUUCAGACUGCUAUGCCAGCAAUCUCUGUUCUAGAUUUGUUGCAGGAUGAGGAGCGCAGACGCCAGCAGCAGUUGGAAGAGAUGCGCAAGCGGGAAGCAGAAGACCGAGCAAGACAAGAGGAAGAGCGUCGGCGUCAGGAGGAUGAGAGAGUGAAGCGAGAUGCUGAAGAAAAGAGGCGACAGGAAGAAGGGUAUUACAGCCGACUGGAAGCUGAGAGGCGCAGACAGCACGACGAGGUUGCACGCAGGUUGUUGGAACCUGAGGAACCUGGGCUAUGCCGACCUCCACUUCCACGGGACUACGAGCCCCCAAUCCCGUCCCCUGGGUCCAGUGCCCCUCCUCCCCCACCUCAGCGAAACGCCUCCUACCUCAAAACUCAGGUCCUCUCCCCAGACUCGCUGUUCACGGCCAAGUUUGUUGCAUACAAUGAGGAGGAGGAGGAGGACUGCAGCCUAGCAGGACCACACUCUUACUCCGGGUCUGCUGGGACAGUUACUGGCCCCCAGGAUACUGCUUGGGAUCUGAGAGAGAAGCGUGCUAGAAGCCAAGAUACAGAUGUGCCUGGAAGUUCUGGAGCCCCGGAGAACCUGACAUUCAAAGAGCGUCAGCGCCUCUUUUCACAAGGUCAAGAUGUAUCUGAUAAAGUGAAAGCUUCUCGUAAAUUAACAGAACUGGAGAAUGAGCUAAACACAAAGUGAGGACCGUCCAAGGCCACUUUGUGUUUGCCCAGGUUCCCUCAGCAUGGGUGUGCAGGUGUAAGCCUGAAGAGGAGAGGGGAGGUUAUAUUUCUAAGUGAUUUCUAAUUCUGUUUCUAAAAUUAUUGCCAUUUAGACAUGUUGUGGUUCCAAGAAUUUUUAUUUUACUGUACCAAGAAAUUGACAUUUGUACAAUAGGAAUGCCAUCUGAUUAAGUGACCUGACUCAUUUGACACAUUGUUUAGUUUCUUUUUGGAGUCUUAGGCAAAGAGCCGCAGAGUAGAGGGCAGUAGAGGUAAUAGAGUGUGCUUCCUCUCCCAUUUUCUCCGGUAAUCCUUAUAAGGACUGCAGACUAAGUAGUUCUCUUUCUGUUGUUUCUCAAAAGUUUCACUUUGGCUGCCAGAUAGAGUAAUUGAACCACCCAGACCACUGUGCUCACUUGUAGUCACAGCCUUGCUUGCAGGAGAGAGAGCCCGGGCGGCUGCUCCUCCUGCACCACCAAGGGUUUCUGCCCCAGAGUACUGGCCAUGCUGAACACAGCCCAUCUCUCCCCUGAUAGUGAGCCCUCCUGAUCAGUUCUUAAGUGUGAUUAUGUUAAAUAUUUGAUUUUAUAAAUUCUCAAUGAAGAAGAUCUAGAGGAUUUAGUGUUAGGGGAUUUUAUUUUUUAUAUAUACCAAGUUAUUGGUAGACUAAUAAAUGUUUGGCGAUAUUGAAGAUGACAGUUGUUAGAAAGUUUACUGAUAUUUCAGAAUUUCAAGGAAUCUAUAAAGAAAGGUCUUUAGCUGAGCAGUGUUCAUGUGAUCAGCGUCAAAAGUAUCAAAGAAUGGGAGAUUCAUAGGUGACGCUCAAACGCUGCUCUCACACAGAAAUUUUAAAUUUACAAAAGCAAUUUACAUCCAUGUUUUGUCAGGAAAGGAAAAAAUUCAGUUACGCCAUCUGUAAUUUAAAUAUUACAAGAAUAACUCAUGACAGUUUAAGCUAUUUUUUUACAAUAUAUUAGAGUUAUUUAAUUUUAAUUUGUGAAUUAUGAGUUACCACUGUCAUAUCUGUGGGUAUGUGGCUGAUGUUGGGAGACGAACCUCAGUUUGCUUAUAUUGUGUGAUAUUAAAAUGGUAUAUUAUAUAUUACUUCGUGAUUUCAAGCACAUCUCCUAUUGGACAAAGCCUUGAUGGGGCCCAGAUGAUCUUUUUUGUACCUGUUCUCUUACAAAUAUGUAUGUCAGGAAAAUGCGCACACUUUCAAAUGAAGAAUAGAGACACUCGCUGCCCCUAGAAACCACUUUUAAUAUAAGUUGUAUGAUAAAUCGUUGAAAGUGCAAGUGUAAAUAUUUUUUAUGUCUGUCACAGUUCUUAUUUGAAAGUGUGCUUUUACUGUUUCCUCUGUAAGAGUCAAAUGAUCCUGAGAGUUGAUGAAGGAUUUACAUGCUUGCCCCAGGAAAAGCAAGCUCCUCCUGGUUUCUCAAGAGCACUGGUGGCCUUCCGGUGGCAAGUUCACACUUUUCUUAGAGAAGACGACACAGGUGAUCAGUGUGUUCAUAUGUAGAAAGGCAGACAGACACAAGUACAUAGAGAUUCCUGUGUGUUUAUAAAACCCAUAAGAAAGUGGAUUUGGCCAUCCCUGGACAAUGAGGUCAAAUGUGAAUAUGUGUAAAAGUGCUUUUCAUAAUGUGCAUUAAUUACUAUGGGAAAAACUUCCAAACUGCUGUAGUUUUCCAUUUCUACUGUAUUUUGGUUGCAACCUAUUUUUAAUAAACUUUGUAUGUAUUUAAGGGUAUUUGCUAUUGUUUUAAAAGUGCUGACAAAGUUUAUAUUUAUAAUAUCAGCCUUCCUCUUCCUUGUUUCCAUCUCUCCACCCAUUCAUUAAACAGUGCUGAGUAUC